UCUCGGUCUCUCUUUCUGGCUUGCGUCCCUAGUAGUAGUUAUCUCGCUCUCGGACCUCCGUUCGAAAUCAGCGGGAAAGGAAAGUGGGCAUCCCCAUCUCCGACGGGCCCAACGGCGGCACGACGGCUUUCUCCCCCUCUCUCUCUCCAAAUGUCAAAGCCGCUGCCCGCGGGCAUGCCGCACGACCAUCUCGAGACAUCUCCGAGUGGCCGCGUGUCACUUCCGCGUGCAAUGGACAGCUCGACGACAACCACAGUGACGAUGUCGGACACAGAGCGCGAGCGCGAGCGCAGAGAGAGAGAAGGCGGCGGUCGUGGUGGUGUUGGUGGCAGCGGAGGCGGCGGAGUCGGAGGAGAGGUGGGAGGUGAACCGCAUGGAGAGGAGCAGCGUCGGCCGCGCAACAAGCUGUGGAGCGCAGUCAAGACGUCGCUGCAGGCUGCCCAUGCGCUCCGCGCGACAUCUGCAGCAGGCGACCCGCGCCGGCGAACGAGGCAGGACGACGCCGACGAAGGCAGAAUCGAUGACGAAGGCCUCUCGACAGCUCAGGAUGGACUGUGGGCUUCGUCGAGCUCCUUGCCUGGUCGAGGGGGGCCGAGAGAGAGGCGGACGACGAGCAAGGCGAGGGUGGUGAGCACAACGCACAUCGAUCAGUGGCAGAACAUUGCGCAUCUCUUUGAUGAGGACAAUGAUGGCGACAAGGACGACAACGAUGAUGACGUCCAUCAGGGCAACCACCUCGAGCAGAGGCCAGGCAGUAGCAAGAGAAAGAGCUUGCCAGACAUGAGGAAAAAGAAGAGGCAGCACCAGACGCCCGUGCCGACGACGAGCGACGACGUCGACGAGGGCGCAGCCGCUGAUGUGGAGCACCAAGAGGGUGGUGAGGGAGAGUCAAGGAUCGGAAGCACGGCGAGGAGAAAGACGAAAUGGAAGAGGUUUGGCCUGCCGCCAAGGACAGACACCUUUGAGACGACAACCAACAACAGGGACAGCAUCAACCAGGAGCCUGAAAGCUGGAUCGACUCGAAUCCCGACACGAUUCCCCGGAGAGAGGAUCCGUUGGCCUAUGCCGAGAACCAAGACAGGCUCCUCGAGACCGACACCGACACCGACGCGGAUUCGUCAGACGCUGACAAUGACGAUGGCAGCGAGGAUGCAAAGGCGCGCAUACAGAGCAAGGGAAGAUGGACCACACUGCAAGAGCAGAUUCAGCCCUUGACAGACCCCUCACCCCUGACAAAGACGAUCAUUAAAUGCGUCGUAGCCUACUUUGUCGCCUCGCUCUUCACUUUCUCUCCCUUUCUCUCCUCACGCAUGGCCAUGCUCAUGCCCAACCAGGACCCCGAGUCGCCCAAGAUCGUCCCCAUCUCGAAUCUGCACAUGAUUGCCACGGUUGCCGUCUACUUCCACCCUGGCCGCUCCAUAGGAUCGAUGAUCGAGGCAAACGUCUUUGCCCUCGUCUCAUUUUCUUACGCCAUUCUUUUGGGCCUCACCUCCAUGCUCAUCGCCGUCUUUCUCCACGAUCGAGACUUUCCCGGUCUCAGCAACGCAAUCACUGUUGUUGCAUUUGUAGGCCUCGGUGUCACCCUCGUCGGCUACGCCAAAGUCAAGGUGGCCAAGCCGAGCUUCAACACGGCCUGCUCUCUGAUCAGCGUCAUCAUCUUUACCGUCAUCGUCAAGGAAGGUUCCCAACACCUUGGCCAUUACUCCACCGACAAAAUCUGGCAGUCGACCCUCGUCGUCGUGGCCGGUGUCGUUGUCGCCAACAUUGUCUGUUUUGCUCUGUGGCCCAUGAGUGCGACGACGAGCUUGCAGGGCGACAUUCAGCGCAAUCUCCAAAGCUUCGCCACCUUGCUCAAGGUCCUCACCAAAACGUUUCUUCUCGACGAUGUGGCCGAGUUCAACAUCAAGAGCGAUAGGAUUAAACGGGCGUGCGACGACCACCAUUCUUCCUUUGUCAGCCUGAAGAAGAAUCUUGCAGAAGCCAAGCUCGAGGCGCCUUUCGACAGACGGAUGAGGGGUAAAGUUGCAAACUAUGUUCUUGUCGUCGACAGCCUCAACAGGUUGGCCCAGCACCUUGGCGGAUUGAGGAGCAGCUGCAGCCUGCAGCACGAAAUCAUUGUGGCGCAGCGCAUGAAGCGGCGGAGCGAGCCAAGGACGCAAGAGGGCAAAGCCGUCUCGAUCGGAGACGAGACAAAGCCGGAUGUCGACAAGGGUGCUUUUGAGAGCUUCCUUGGAAACGUCGGUCCGCACAUGCGCAGCCUAGUGUUCACCUGCAGUCGAACGCUGAGAAGCCUACGCUGCGCCUUUGUCGUUGGACGCCCUCUUGAUUCGUCCCCUGACGGGCCCUUCGACGGUCUCGCUGAGGACGUCUCAACUGCCCUCAAAAGAUUCCAACACGAGCAGACGAUCGCUAUCAAGCGCCUAUACACCGUCUUUCGUCGACCAGACGAGAGCUUGACACUACACCCGAAUUUGGGUCUCAAGUCUGACGAGGAAGUAUUUCUGAUCUUUUACUUUGUCUUUCUGCUCGAGGAGUUCUCCAAAGAGCUUGAGCUGCUCGUGCAUGCCCUUGAUUCCAUCAGGGAGGACGAAGUGAGAAUCGAGGAAUGGUCCAAGCUAUGGUGGUGGCAGCGGCUGCUCCGAAGGUUUUCCCAGAGGGAAAAGAGGAGAUCGAAAAGGAAAGAGGCCAAAUUUGGAAUGGAUCAUUCCUACCUUAGCACCAUCUCGGGCUUGUUUCGGUCAUCGGAGGCCACGCUGCCCUCGAUAGCCCCCCAUCAGCUCAACACCGCCCAGACACCCCCAGCAGUCACAGCUCGUCAGCGGGUGAAUCGCUUCAUUUGGCAUGUCGGUCAGAUUCUCAAGGAACCAGACACGAAAUUUGCCAUAAAGGCCGGCUUGGGUUGCGCUUUAUUGGCCGCGCCGGCGUUUAUCAAGUCGACAAGACACAUUUUCACCAACUACAAGGGCGAAUGGGCCUUGAUUUCGUUCAUGGUCGUUCUGAGUCCCACUGUUGGCCAAAGUAACCAGAUGAGCAUCCAUCGCAUCGUUGGGACGUGGGUGGGAGCUUUGGCUGCCGUGGGCGCAUACAAGGUGUUCCCAGACAACAAUAUCGCGCUGCCAAUCUUUGGCGCCCUCUUCUCCGUUCCAUGCUUCCGCUGGAUCAUCGGGCGACCUCAAUUUGCAACGAGCGGUCGUUUCGUCCUCUUGACGUACAACUUGAGUUGCCUGUAUUCGUAUAACCUUCGCAAGACGGAAAUCGAGGUCGAAGAGAUCGCAUUCCACCGCACCGUUGCUGUCAUCAUUGGUGUUGUUUGGGCCACCAUUCUCAAUCAUCUCGUUUGGCCCUUUGAGGCGAGGAGAGAGCUUGCCAAGGGCUUGUCCGACCUUCUGUUCAAUCUAGCCUUCCUUUAUCAAAGACUGGUCCUUUCGUACUCAUCGCCGAACGAGGUCACGACCGACUUUAAAGAAGACGGACCCGCAUCGGUCGAAAGGCGAUAUGCCACGUCCAUGGGAGCCAGCGGCAGCACAAGCAGUGGCGCCGAUGACGUGGAAGAGGACAUUGAGGAGCAAGGAAAGCCUUUGCUCAUGAACGAGGGAACGAGACGUUCUGAGAAGGACGAGAUUCAUGUACUCGAGCUGAGCUUGCAGCUCCAGUUGAUCAAACUCGAGGGCCUCUUGGCCCAGACGAAGCAUGAGCCUCGACUCAAGGGGCCAUUUCCGGUGGCGACAUACCGCAAAUUUAUCAGCUCUUGCCAGGCGAUUCUGGACCUGCUCCACACGAUGCACCAAGUCACAUCUCGGAGUGACUGGCAUGACCGCGUGCGCAAGGAUUUUGUCGUGCCCGUUGACGAAGGUGGCAAGCGGAGGGAGAUGGUGGGCAACGUGGGGCUCUUCUUCUGGCUACUCGCCUCGGCCUUUCACCUCAAGAUGCCUCUCCCGCCUUAUCUGCCGCCGGCAGAGCAGGCUCGGCUGCAGGUCCUCGAAGCGAUCAGGCAGCUGCCAGUGGUCAAGAAGAGGGCCAUCAGGGGAUCAAGCGAGUACCUGUUGUACUUUGCCUAUGCGCUCAGUAUGAAGGACCUCAUCUUCCAACUCGAGGCCAUGGGAAAGCUAGCGCAGGAAACUUUUGGCGUCCUCGGCGGCUCUGUCGAGAACUUCGAGCGGCAAUUUCAUCAGCAGCACCCAGCACAACGUCCGGAUGAGCAGAAUUGAGGACAUUUCGAGAUGGGCCUGGGCAUGGGCAUGUUGAUCGAAGAGUGGUGUAGCUACAAUUAGAAUGGGCGGCAUCUGACGCCGAGGAAAGAAAUGCACACUUAUACCUCCUCUAC